AUAGGCUGGCGACCUGUCCAGGGUGUACCCCGCCUCUCGCCCAAUGUUAGCUGGGAUUGGCUCCAGCGACCCCCCGCGACCCUUAAAUGGAUAAAGCGGUAGACGAUGAAUGAAUGAAUGAAUAACUUACAUGGGGGUGAACAAUGUUGAGUAAUCAUGAGUCUUCCAACCAGGUGUGCCUGAGGUAAACCUGCCUCACGUACUCGCGUGUAUCAGGUAUCUGUGACGAGCUCCAGACGAGUAGGCUGCUGGGUGCGACGCUCCGGUUCAUUCAUACAAUGCUUUUCCUGACUGUGCCUGACAGUAAGCAGGUAUCAUGCACAGUUGAAGGGUAACUGCCUUAUAUGACAGAGAGAUGCUUAUAUUUUUAAGAGUUUGCUGUUUUGGAUGUUUUCAUUAAAAUUAUCUGUAAGGUGUCUUUUUUUUAAAUUAUUUAUUGAAAAAAAGGUGUUCAACGAGUUAGUUUCAGUUCCUUCAUAUGAAAUCAAAUAUAUUUUGAGAAACAAUUAUUUAGUACUAGAGUUUUAAUUGUGUUUUGACAAGGACCAUCCUGUGAUGAUGUUAUCAUUGCAAUAUACUGUAUUUAACUGAAACUAUUAAACAGUAAACAGAUAUUACUGCUUCUACUAUUUUAAUUAGUUAUGGGUAUUAAAUGUAAUAUAAUAAUAGAAAAAAAUUUUUAUAACCUCAUAAACAAUGAAAGAUUAUAAUUCUUAUUAUCUAAGGCAAGCAUGUAUGGAACGUUGCUGCCCACGCCUGGCCAAUCAGCUGUCCUCUUACCAAAACAUUAGACGCAAACCAAUUAGAUUCGACACCGGCUUUUUCGACCACACCCCCGUGAAUGCACUGUAGCCAAUAGGCGUCGCGUGUGGGCUGGACUGUUUUCUUCUUCUUCACCUGCUCUCAACAAACCGACAGAGUCAAUGACGAGCUACCGACCGUCGGUGUGUGCGCAGCGCUGAAAGGAGACGGUAUCACCUGUAGUACAGAGAGGACCACAUCAUGGUGAGGUAGCUGUUCAGAGCCAUGGGGGUUUUCAGACAGCUCUUCCUCCUGCUCUGGAAAAACAUCACAUACCGCAGGAGGAACAAGAUCCAACUGAUCAUCGAGCUUCUCUGGCCACUCUUCCUCUUUGUCAUCCUCAUCUCUGUUCGUCAGUCACACCCGCCUUACAAACAGAGCCAAUGUCACUUUCCAAACAAAGCCCUGCCCUCUGCGGGCACCUUGCCCUGGAUUCAGGGGAUCGUCUGCAACAUCAACAACCCCUGCUUCCACAGCCCGACACCAGGGGAGACCCCAGGACAAUUUGGCAACUUUGACAACUCCAUACUGUCUCGUCUCUUCGUGGACGCCAACACUGUUCUGUCCUAUAGUGGAAACCGGAGCUUCUCUGGCUUUGAGGACCUGAGGGAGAGUGUCCGGAGGCUGGGCGAGAGACCUGGAGCUUGGCCAGUCGAAACAAUAGAAGAUUACAUGACAGCCAAUGAGACGCUUUCCACCUUCCUCCUGACCAACAGCAGCCUGUCGCCUGCAACCGUCAACCAGCUGAUGAAGGCUCGUCUCAACUUACAGGUUUCUCUGGCUGGAGCUCAGAUGCAGCUCAAGGACUUGGUGUGUAACGCAAGCAUGUUAAGACAGUUUCUGAUGGUGGACGGAGGAGAAGCCGUCCAGAAUGAUCUUCAGACUCAGCUGUGUGACCUGCCUGCUGACGUCCUGCAAGAGGCCGAGCGCCUUUUUCUCUCUCAGCUCGACUUCACCAAAUUGUUCAGGAGAGACCGUCUGAUGGCCAACGCUGGAGACCUCAGGGACAUCAGCCGGGCCGUCACCUCAGUUUCGCAGGAGCUGGCUGUCCUCGUGGAUGAUUUUUCCUCCCUCUCCAGCUUUGCAGACAUGAGCGCAGCUCUUCGUCUUCUGUCUCCUGAGAAUCGCACGGCGCUGCCCAGAGAGAGUUUCCGAGCUUUUUCGAGGAUCAUGUGCGGUCACCCCGACGUUGGAGGUGAACGCAUCCCGUCACUCAAUUGGUAUGAAGACAAUGACAUCAAGUCCUUCUUAGGCAAAAACGGCACUGAAGACACCGAGCUGGACCGUGACAACAGCACCAGUCCGUUCUGUAAAGGUCUGAUCCAGGGUCUGGAGUCCAACCCUCUGUCACGCAUUGUGUGGAGAGGAAUCAAACCUCUCUUUAUUGGAAAACUACUUUACACACCAGACACUCCUGCAAUACAGCAAGUCAUGAAAGAGGUGAACAAAACUUUCGAGGACCUGCAGAUCCUUCAGCAGCUGAAUGAAGCCUGGAUGGAGGUGGGACCACGAGUCAAGCGCUACAUGGAGAGCAGCGUAGAGAUUCAACUCCUGCAGAAUCUGUUGAGGCGGCCAGAGGUUGCAAUACUGGUCAACAUGCGUUUGGAAAACACUUCCUGGACGGCCUCGCGGAUCUCUCGUUUCCUGUCCACACCCUCGCCAGACGCCCCUAGGAAUCCUAAUGCAGCCCCUACCUGGCUGGACGUCUACAACGACAUCAGCCACACAAUCACCACUCUCGCACAAGUCACUGAGUGUUUCUCUCUGAACAAACUGGAGGGGCAGGAGAGUGAGGGUAAGAUGAUUGACAGAGCACUGGAGCUACUCGAGGACAGGCAGUUUUGGGCAGGUGUAGUUUUCAUGCUGCCCAACUCUUCAUCUCCUGAGCUGCCGCCCCAUGUCACCUACAAGAUCCGAAUGGACAUCGAUGAUGUGACCCGGACAAACAAGAUCAAGGACAGGUUUUGGGAUCCGGGCCCAGCAGCUGACCCAUUUAAUGACAUGCGCUACAUUUGGGGCGGCUUCGUUUACGUCCAGGACCUGGUGGAAAGAGCUGUGAGCCGAGUCCUGACUGGAGUUCAACAGACUACAGGCAUCUACAUCCAGCAGAUGCCCUACCCCUGCUAUGUGGAUGAUGUUUUCCUCCGGGUGCUGAACCGCUCCCUGCCUCUCUUCAUGACUUUGGCCUGGAUCUACUCGGUUGCCAUGAUCAUCAAAGGCGUGGUAUACGAGAAGGAGGCAAGGCUGAAGGAAACCAUGAGGAUUAUGGGUCUGGGAACGGGAACGCUGUGGCUCAGCUGGUUCAUCAGCAGCGUGGUUCCUUUCCUGGCCUCUGCAGCGCUUCUCAUUGCUAUGCUCAAGUGGGGGGACAUUUUGCCAUACAGCAACCCGACGGUUGUCUUUUUCUUCCUCAUGGCGUUUGCCACUGCCACCAUCAUGCAGUGUUUCCUCAUUAGUACCUUCUUCUCCAAAGCCAACCUGGCUGCUGCCUGUGGGGGGCUCAUAUACUUUAGCCUCUAUUUGCCCUAUGUACUGUGUGUUGCCUGGAGAGACCACCUCACCACCACACACAGAGUCCUCGCUAGUUUUCUCUCUCCUGUGGCAUUUGGGUUUGGCUGUGAGUAUUUCUCUCAGUACGAGGAGCAAGGUGUGGGCAUCCAGUGGCACAACCUGCACUCCAGCCCGUUGGAAGGAGACGCCUACAGCUUCACUAUGUCUAUUGUCAUGCUCUAUGUGGACGCCUUCAUCUACGCCACUGCAGCCUGGUACAUCGAAGCUGUGUUCCCUGGUGAAUAUGGGAUCCCUAGGCCUUGGUAUUUCAUCUUCCAGCUUAACUACUGGGGUGGAGUUCCACUGGAGGCAGGUCUACCGAUCCCGCCGGCACCUACAGAGCAGGAUGACGAUCACAUUGAACCAGAGCCCAGUGACUUGAUCCUGGGCGUGAACAUCAGAAACCUGGUGAAAAUCUACAAGAAGGGAGCCAAACUGGCUGUCAACCACCUCAACCUGAAGUUUUAUGAGGGACAGAUCACCUCGUUCCUCGGCCACAACGGAGCUGGCAAGACCACCACCAUAUCUGUCCUGACGGGCCUGUUUCCACCUACCUCUGGGACCGUGUACAUCAAGGGAAUGGACAUUCGCCAUGACAAGGAUCUCAUCCGAAGGACGCUGGGAGUCUGUCCACAACACAAUGUCCUGUUUGACAUACUAACAGUGGAGGAGCAUGUGUGGUUUUAUGGAUGUCUGAAGGGUUUGUCUGAAGCAGAGGUGAGAACUGAGCUGGACACUCUGCUGGACAACGUUGGCCUUCUGCAUAAACGACAUGAACAGACCAAAAACCUCUCUGGUGGCAUGCAGAGGAAGCUGUCUGUGGCGAUAGCAUUUGUUGGAGGAUCUAAGGUGGUUGUUUUGGAUGAACCUACAGCUGGAGUUGAUCCUUACUCGCGCAGAGGGAUCUGGGAUCUGUUGCUCAAAUAUCGCAAAGACCGGACUAUCAUCUUGUCCACUCACUACAUGGACGAGGCAGAGCUGUUAGGUGACAGGAUCGCCAUCAUCUCCCAGGGGAAGCUCUGCUGCUGCGGCUCACCGCUCUUCCUGAAAUCCCAGCUGGGAUCUGGUUAUUACCUCACUGUGGUGAAGCGGGAAGGACUGGAAACCAGCAAUCCCAGCAAUACCAGUAUCUGCACUAGUACCAGCUUCAGCAAAACCAAGCUUCCUCCUCCCAAGGACAGCGAAUCAUCAUUGAGUGAAGACACUGGGCUGGGUAGUGAAGCAAGCAGCUCAUACCUGGCGGCGUUGCUCGCCCUGGCACAGCACCACAUCCCGGGUGCGAGACUGGUGGAGGAGUCAGGGCGCGAGGCGGUGAUUAACCUGCCGCAGGUGGCUGCUAAGAACAGUAGCCUGGCCAUCUUUCUGUCCGAACUGGAUCAGAGGCUUCCUGAACUGGGCAUCAGCAGCUACGGCCUUUCAGACAGCACACUGGAGGAGAUUUUUCUGCGGGUGGCAGAGGAAACUGGCGUGGAUGCUGAACCUGUGCUCCAGGCCGAAUCUCCCCACCGCCGACAGCAAUCAGCAGGGCAGAGAAUGGAGAGACAACAAGCUGAAGAACCAGAGACAGGAAGGAAAAGGCUUCGUAAGCAAGAACCACUGGAGACAGACCUGCUGAGCGGAGACGGUCGAGGUGGGAUCCCCCUGACCGGAUGGUGGCUGACGUGGCAGCAGCUGAGGGCUCUCUUUGUCAAACGCUGGCUUUACGCCCGGAGGAGCCGCAGGGGCUUCUUUGCUCAGAUUGUUCUGCCGGCUGUGUUUGUCCUGGUUGCCCUCCUCUUCAGCCUCAUCGUACCUCCAUUCGGGAAGUACCCUGCCCUGCACCUGCAGCCCUGGAUGUACGGACAACAGUUCACCUUCUUCAGCAACGACGCCCCCGGGAACACAGCCAUGGAGAACUUGUUGGAAGCUUUGCUCGACCAGCCAGGCUUUGGUACCAAAUGCAUGGAGACAGAGGAAGACGACAACAGCACGAGUGCUCAGUGUGAAGGGGAGCAGGUUGGCCUGUUCAUGCGACCACAGGUUUCCUACUCCACCUGGCAGAUGUUCAGCAGAGGAAACUGGAGCAUAGACAGACCCUCUCCUAAAUGUCUGUGUAGCACAGAGGACGUCCGCCGGAUGCUCCCAGACUGUCCACAGGGUGCCGGUGGGCUGCCACCUCCACAGAUCAGGAGAUUGACUGGAGACGUCCUCCAAAAUCUAACAACUUAUAACGUUUCCGAUUACCUGGUGAAAACCUACUCUCAGAUCCUCAAGAAAAGCAUGAAAACCAAGAAGUGGGUGAAUGAAUUCAGAUAUGGAGGCUUCUCCCUGGGGGGCAGAGCCACCCAGACUUUACCUCAGGCCCAACGUGUCCAAGACUCGAUCAUGGCUAUCAGGACUCGUUACAGAGUUCCACAGAACAGUUCACUGAAUAAUCUUCUUAACCGACUGCCGGAUAUUCUCGGAGGACUGAACAGUCAAAACAAUGUUAAGGUGUGGUACAAUAACAAAGGCUGGCAUGCCAUGGUGUCAUUUGUCAACGUGAUGAACAAUGGCCUGCUGAGAGCAAGUCUACCCCCAGGGCCAGAGAGGACGAGACACGGCAUCACUGCUUACAACCACCCGCUCAACCUCACCAAAGAGCAACUCACCGAAAUGGCCUUGAUGACUACAUCAGUGGAUGUUCUGGUUUCCAUCUGCGUCAUCUUUGCCAUGUCCUUUGUGCCGGCCAGUUUUGUCCUUUUUCUGAUCGAGGAGCGAGUCAGCAAAGCCAAACACCUUCAGUUUGUCAGCGGGGUCAAACCGAUCCUCUACUGGCUGGCCAACUUCACCUGGGACAUGUUGAACUACACCGUCCCAGCCACCAUGGUGGUGCUGAUCUUCAUUUGCUUCCAGCAGCAGUCAUAUGUUUCUGAGACAAACCUGCCCGCUCUCGUCCUGCUGCUCCUUUUUUAUGGGUGGUCCAUCACCCCUCUCAUGUACCCAGCCUCCUUUUUGUUCACUGUCCCGAGCACAGCUUAUGUCGUUCUGACCUCCAUCAACCUCUUCAUUGGAAUCAACGGCAGCGUCGCCACCUUCGUCCUGGAGCUGUUUGUAGACGAGCAUCUGAACGAGGUGAACCGGAUCCUGAAGAAGGUUUUCCUAAUCUUCCCUCAUUUCUGUCUGGGACGAGGACUCAUCGACAUGGCCAAAAAUCAGGCCAUGGCAGACGCCUUCCAGAGACUGGGCAGCAAACAGACUCUGGAUCCGCUGCAGUGGGAUUUUGUUGGAAAGAACUUGUUUGCAAUGGCGGCCCAGGGUGUUAUCUUCUUCAUCUUCACCAUACUGCUGCAGUACAAGUUUUUCAUACACUUCAGGCCGUGGUGGGCGGAGCCUGAGAUGCCUCCCCUUGGUCCGGAAGACGAGGACGUUGCCAGGGAGAGAGAGAGGGUCAAAAGUGGCAAAGCCCAAUCAGACAUCCUCACCAUGACGGACCUGAGCAAGGUCUAUAAAGCAGGCAGGAAGCCGGCGGUGGAUCGUCUCUGCCUCGGGAUUCCACGUGGCGAGUGCUUCGGCCUGCUUGGGGUGAACGGAGCAGGGAAGACUUCGACAUUUCGCAUGCUGACCGGAGACACACCCAUCACCUUUGGAGAGGCGUCCCUCAACCACCACAGUGUGGUGACAGAGAUGGAGCAGGUCCACAAGCUGAUGGGUUACUGUCCACAGUUUGACGCCAUCAGCGACCUGCUGACAGGUCAGGAACAUCUGGAGCUGUACGCCCGCCUGCGGGGGAUUCAGGAAGACUCUGUUACCAAGGUGGCGCAGUGGGGGGUGAAGAAGCUGGGGCUGACACAGUACGCUGAGCGGGAGGCCGGAGGCUACAGUGGAGGCAACAAGAGGAAACUCUCAACUGCCAUCUCACUGAUUGGGGCACCACCUGUUAUAUUCCUGGAUGAGCCCACCACUGGUAUGGACCCAAAAGCCAAAAGGUUUUUGUGGAACUGCAUUGUCAGCGUCACCAAAGAGGGAAGAGCUGUAGUUCUCACCUCCCACAGUAUGGAGGAAUGUGAGGCCCUCUGCACCAGAAUGGCCAUCAUGGUCAACGGCAGGUUCCAGUGUCUGGGAUCUGUUCAACACCUGAAGAACAGGUUUGGCGACGGCUACACCAUCGUUCUUCGCCUGGCAGACACCAAGUCCGACACAGACUCGUGUCCUGUCAGCACCUACAUGGAGAGCUCUUUCCCCAGCAUCGAGCUGAAGGAGCGUCACCACAGCGUGCUGCAGUACCAGCUGCCCGCGCACGCCUGCUGCCUGGCUCGCGUCUUCGACGUGCUGGCCAACAACUACGAGGAGCUGGGCAUCGUAGACUUCUCCGUGUCACAGACCACCCUGGACCAGGUGUUUGUCAACUUUGCCAAAGAGCAAACUGACGAUGACUGCCUCACAGAUGUGGUCAUCAGCAACGGGACAGCAGAGACCAACCUGUCGGUGCUGCCCACCAGGAUUAACCCUCCCACCAUCCAACCGCAUCCGCCAGUCACACCCCCUCGGCAAAGCAAGGCUGCACAGCAGCAUGCACUGUCAUCUGACGGCAAGCCGAAAGAGGGCAAAUCAAAAAAGGCCAAAUCUAGCAAGGGUAAAUCUAAAGAGGGCAAAUCUAGCGGAGAAAAAAGCAGCAGUAUGGCAAUGACCAAAUUACCUCAGCCUGCAGAGAAAGACCAGGAGCUGCCUCAGACGAGCCGGAGGGGCAGCAGUGCAUCAGACAGCAGCAAUGGAGGAGUUCAGGCAGAAUCCAGUAAAUCUAGAAGGUCCAAACACCGAGCACAGAGCUCCAGUAAAGAUCCGUCGGCACUUUUUAUAGUCGGCAGCAACUCACAAGACAGUGUGCUGUGAAGUUACCUGUGAACACGAGCAGAGGAGGCAGUUUAUAGACAAAAAAACUAUUUUAUGUUCAUUUGAAUGCUGCGCAGUGUUAGCCUGAAUCUCAAUAUGCAACAUAGGACGACUGAGCUCACUUGAGUCCGUCAGUACGAAGCGAAAGGUGGAAAAAGAUCGGAUUUGAAAGUCUAGGUAAAUUUGACUCCUCUGCCUCCUGUGAUGAAAGAACCAAAAGUUAUUGUUUCCUAAUAAUGGCUUUGGUGCCUUGUUCGCCCGACAACAGAUCUGUAGCUUUACACCCUUUAUUCGGGUUCAUCAAUCAUACACUGUGUCUUCUCUUUCUCUUUCAGUCUCAUCUGUCCAAAAAUGAUAUAGUUUAUUGAUCCUGAAACAAUGUUAUGCAAGGCUCAAUGUAAAAAACGAUGAGAGGCGUUCCUCAGGGCUCAGUCAUUAUACCUCUCACAGUCUCAUUCUGAUUUCACAGGAAGCACUUUAACAGAGAAAAUGUUACAGACACUGAAACAGAAGCUUAAGUAAAUGUGUUACAGAUAAUUAUUCAGAUGAUUUUAUAUGCCAGAAGGUGUUUACAUGGUUGUAAAUGCUUUUUGAACAAUCUCUCACGUGGAGAUAAUCCUUACUGCAAGUUCAUUGUUAAAUACCUCUUACACAUUUAAUGAUGACAUUUACAACUGUUAUUGUUAUGUUAAUCUAUCAAAAAUGUUCCUUUUUUAUUUUGUUUUUUAUUUUUUAUUUCACGUUAUUGUCAUUGGGUAACAGUGUCACUCCAAAUGAAGGGUCUGGAAAACUAAUUUAAUCCUCAUAUGAUAUUAUAAUAUUUUCAAAAUAUCAAACUACUGAAGAAGCUUUUGAGUUCAAACACCACAUUGUUGUUACUGUCAUUACAAAUUCUUCUACAUUACGCCAAUUCAGUGAAAUGCACUCCGGGAGCGCAGGCCUUCGCCAAGGUUGAGCAAUCCCCCACCUAUAUGCUGUUUCACCCAAAAAGUGCAGUCCCAUCUCCGUCUGGAUCCAGAUCCAGAUCCCUCCCUAACUUGAAUCACCUGUUACCAUGGUAGAGAAACUAUGUUUGAUAAAAAAUGUCAUCCAAUUCUGUCCAGAACUUUUUGAGUAAACCUGCUUACAAACAGACAAACAGACGGACAAACCGAACCAAUCACUUUCAAAGAAGAAAAAAAUCAAGCUCAAACAAUCAAAAUAAUAAAUGUUAUUGUUCAGUCUGAGCUGUAAACACCAGAUACAACAAUAAUGCCUUUGGUGAACAGAAUUUUUUAUUAAUUUCUUUUAAUAAUCGCUUUUUAAAUUUUACUUUUUUUUUUUCUAUCAAAAACAUGACAGCUGUGUGUUUCCAAAGCAGGUUGUUUCUGCAAUGUUACAUAUUCAGAUCAUUGUUAUAAUAGUAACGACAGUAUAUGCAUGAGACUAACAUUUAGCAUCAGAAGGGUUUCCUUUCAAAAUUCAAACUGUUACUUUAUAAAAAAUAAAUGUUUUGAAUGUAUUGAAAAGGCUGAAAUCAUGCAAAACCGAAAAACACUGAGCUGUUUUUUACACGGUGUUUGCCUCAUUUCCUACCAAAUGUAAUUUUUAGUUAUUAAGCUCGAUCAGUUCUACUUGAACAUCUGUUUAUGCUUAUCUACUAUGAGAUGUACAUUAUAUAUAUAGACAAUAUUCUAGUGUAGAAAAAACAACAGGUAUGUUCGUGUUGUGAAUAUUUUGUCCCGAAGAAAAAUAAAGAUGUAUUGUUUCCUGUA